AGGAGACCGGCCGCCUGACUUCCCUCCUCGCUGGCCGCCACAUCCUCGGAUUUGUUCCAACAGUCUGUUAGAACAUGGUGGAUUACUACGAAGUGCUGGGCGUGCAGAGACAUGCCUCACCUGAGGACAUUAAAAAGGCGUAUCGAAAACAGGCACUUAAAUGGCACCCAGACAAAAAUCCUGAAAAUAAAGAAGAAGCAGAACAGAAAUUCAAACAAGUAGCUGAGGCAUAUGAAGUAGUAUCAGAUGCUAAAAAGCGGGACAUCUAUGACAAAUACGGCAAAGAAGGAUUAAAUGGUGGUGGAGGAGGAGGUGGAAGUCAUUUUGAUAGUCCAUUUGAGUUUGGCUUCACAUUCCGGAACCCAGAUGAUGUCUUCAGGGAAUUUUUUGGUGGAAGGGACCCAUACUCAUUUGACUUCUUUGAAGACCCAUUUGAUGACUUUUUUUGGAAACCGAAGGGGUCCCCGAGGAAGUAGAAGCCGAGGUGCCGGCUCCUUUUUUUCUGCCUUCACUGGAUUUCCUUCUUUUGGAAGCGGAUUUCCUGCUUUUGAUACAGGCUUUAC